AGACCAAACGAAAAUCACCCAAUCACACAGAGCAUCAAGUCUUAUCUCACGUGACCUCCCCGCCGUUACUCCACCUCCCCCCCUCCCAUGACGUCUUCACGAAAAAAAUAACAACAACGCACUCACCUAUACAUUCAACAUUUCUGUAUCUAUCUCUGUUCUUCUUCGAUCUCCCUCAAUCUCCAUACUCUGUAAAUCCUUAACUCUCUCCAACAAAUCUCAAACAAAAACGUAAUUUGUUUCCUUCUUCUUCCUCGCAUUCAAAUUCCUAAACCCUAACCCUAACGCUGACGCUGAAUUCGUAUGUGAUUAACGAGUACUGUCAUCACCGAAAAUGGAUUCUCAGAGCAACAGUUUGUACGACACAGCGUCGCAGCCGGACACGGGUAACGAUGCGUACACAUUUUUGGAAUUCAACACACAGGGAGAAGAAUUUGAUUAUCCUGAGUUUCAUGAGCUUUCACAGCCAAUUAGAUCAUCUGCUUGGCCUACACCGUCUGAUUCCUUAGUCUCUGAAGCUCCUGAUCGUCCGCAGUCGUCGUCUGAUGCUUCUCAAGCGUCAGGUAAAUCACGUGGCGGUGAUGGUGGACGGAGUAGUAGUAGUAAGAUUAGUAGUAAUAAGGCGGCGGCGGUGGCAGUGGAUGCAUUGGCGGCAGGAAUGAGCGGGUUGAAUUUUGAAGAGACUGGUGAUGAUGAGAGUUUUGAGUAUGGAAAAGGAGAUUUUGCGGUUGAACAUGCUUGUAAGUACUGCGGAGUGACGAAUCCUGCUUGUGUGGUUAGGUGUAACGUCCCAUCUUGCCGCAAAUGGUUCUGUAAUUCGAGAGGGAAUACUUCAGGCUCUCAUAUUGUUAAUCACUUGGUCCGAGCGAAACACAAGGAGGUUUGUCUUCAUAAAGAUAGUCCACUGGGAGAAACAAUUCUAGAGUGCUACAACUGUGGAUGUCGAAACGUCUUUCUUCUUGGUUUCAUCUCUGCCAAGACAGAGAGUGUCGUUGUUCUCCUCUGCAGGGAACCAUGUUUAAAUGUUAAUGCGCUGAAGGAUAUGAAUUGGGAUUUGAGUCAGUGGUGCCCCCUUAUCGAUGAUAGGUGUUUCUUGCAGUGGCUCGUUAAGGUUCCAUCAGAGCAAGAACAGUUGCGGGCACGACAAAUCAGUGCUCAACAAAUAAAUAAAAUUGAAGAAUUGUGGAAGACAAAUCCUGAUGCUAACCUGGAAGAUCUUGAGAAGCCAGGUGUGGAUGAUGAACCUCAGCCUGUUGGCUUGAAGUAUGAAGAUGCCUAUCAGUAUCAAAACAUAUUUGCACCGCUGAUCAAGCUUGAAGCUGACUAUGAUAAGAUGAUGAAAGAGUCUCAAAGUAAAGAUAACCUCACUGUUCGAUGGGAUAUAGGUCUCAACAAGAAGCGGGUAGCAUAUUUUGUUUUCCCGAAGGAAGACAAUGAGUUACGACUAGUACCUGGUGAUGAGCUACGACUGCGUUAUUCAGGGGAUGCAGCUCAUCCAGCAUGGCAAUCAGUGGGGCAUGUGAUAAAAUUAACUGCUCAAGAAGAGGUUGCCCUUGAGCUUCGUGCCAGUCAGGGAGUUCCGGUUGAUGUGACCCAUGGGCUGAGCGUUGACUUUGUUUGGAAGAGUACGAGCUUUGACAGGAUGCAGACUGCAAUGAAAACUUUUGCUGUGGAUGAGACAAGUGUUAGUGGGUAUAUUUACCAUCACCUGCUAGGUCACGAAGUUGAGAUGCAGAUGGUUCGGAAUACAGUUCCUCGCCGUUUUGGUGCUCCUGGUCUUCCAGAGCUUAACGCUUCUCAGGUUUUUGCUGUAAAAAGUGUUCUCCAAAAGCCCGUCAGUUUAAUUCAAGGUCCGCCUGGUACGGGAAAAACUGUUACCUCCGCUGCCAUCGUGUAUCAUAUGGCCAAGCAAGGCCAGGGUCAGGUUUUGGUCUGUGCACCCAGUAACGUGGCUGUGGACCAAUUAGCAGAGAAAAUAAGUGCUACUGGACUGAAGGUUGUAAGGCUCUGUGCUAAGUCGAGAGAAGCUGUCAGUUCUCCUGUUGAGCAUUUAACCCUUCACUAUCAGGUUCGUCAUCUUGACACAUCCGAGAAGAGUGAACUUUACAAGUUACAGCAACUGAAGGAUGAACAAGGAGAACUCUCCAGCGGUGAUGAGAAGAAAUAUAAAGCUCUGAAACGGGCUACAGAGAGGGAGAUUGCUCAAAGUGCUGAUGUGAUUUGUUGCACCUGUGUUGGUGCUGGAGAUCCUAGAUUGGCAAAUUUUAGAUUCCGUCAGGUGCUCAUUGAUGAGUCCACUCAAGCAGGUGAACCUGAAUGCCUUAUUCCUUUGGUUCUUGGAGCAAAGCAGAUUGUCCUCGUUGGUGAUCACUGCCAGCUUGGACCUGUCAUUAUGUGCAAGAAAGCUGCACGGGCUGGACUUGCUCAAUCCCUGUUUGAACGUCUUGUACUGCUGGGUGUGAAGCCAAUCAGGUUGCAGGUACAAUACCGUAUGCAUCCUGCACUGUCAGAGUUCCCGUCAAAUAGUUUUUACGAAGGUACACUUCAAAAUGGUGUAACCAUCAAUGAGAGACAAUCAUUAGGCAUUGAUUUUCCUUGGCCUGUGCCAAACCGUCCCAUGUUCUUUUAUGUCCAGAUGGGACAAGAGGAGAUCAGUUCUAGUGGAACUUCCUAUCUAAAUAGAACUGAAGCUGCUAGCGUUGAGAAGCUAGUGACUACGUUCCUCAAAAGUGGUGUAGUCCCUAGUCAGAUUGGAGUUAUAACACCAUAUGAGGGUCAACGAGCAUAUAUUGUAAAUUAUAUGUCUAGAAAUGGUGCUUUAAGGCAGCAACUUUACAAGGAAAUUGAGGUUGCAAGUGUAGAUUCAUUUCAAGGAAGAGAAAAAGAUUAUAUCAUCUUGUCUUGUGUCAGGAGCAAUGAACAUCAGGGCAUUGGGUUUCUGAAUGAUCCUCGCAGGCUUAAUGUUGCUCUUACACGUGCUCGUUAUGGAAUCGUUAUCCUAGGAAAUCCUAAAGUGUUGAGCAAGCAGCCUCUCUGGAAUGGCUUGCUGACACACUACAAGGAGCAUGAAUGCUUGGUAGAAGGUCCUUUAAAUAACUUAAAGCAAAGCAUGGUUCAGUUUCAGAAGCCAAAAAAGAUCUACAAUGACCGCAGGCUUUUCUUUGGUGGUGGACCUGGAAUUGUUCCUAGUGAUAAUUAUGGAUCUCCUGCCUCAUCAAACCCCAAUGCUGACAGGCGAAGUAGUCACUCUAGGGGUUCUUACAUGGCACCUGGUCCAUCCAAUGGUACUCACAGACCCGGUGUCUAUUCUUCUGGUUAUCCAAUGCCUCGAGUUCCCAUCUCCCCUUACCAUGGCGGCCCUCCCCAACCGUAUGCAAUUCCUGCUCGUGAUGCUAUACACGGGCCUGUUGGAGCGGUACCUCAUGUUCCACAUCCAGGUAACCGGGGUUUUGGUGCCGGGCGUGGGAAUGCCAAUGCUCCGAUUGGUAGCCAUCUUUCUCACCAGCAAGCUUCCCAGCAACCUAUUGGAAGUCAUGGGCCUAACUUCAACUUUUCUGCACUUGAAAAUCCAAACACUCAACCAUCUGGCGGAGGACCUUUAUCUCAACCUGGAUAUGCUUCUAAUAUGGCCAUUCAAGGACCAAGCCAGACAUUUCGCGAUGGAUUUUCAAUGGGUGGCAUGUCACAGGAUUUCUUGGGAGAUGAUUUCAAGAGCCAGGGAUCCCAUGUUCCAUAUCAUGUUACUGACUUCUCUACACAGGCUUCUCAAAGCGGAUAUGCUGUUGAUUAUGUAAAUCAGGGAGCACAGGCUGGUUUUCCAGGAAAUUAUUUGAACCAUAAUUCACAAGCUGGAUACUCACGUUUUGGUUCAGGAAAUGAAUUUAUGUCACAGGAUUACAUGGCUCAUGGAUCCCAAGGUCUCUUCACACAAGCUGGAUACAGCGAUCCAUCACAAGAGGACAGUCCACAAAACCAUUUUGGCAUGUCCAAUGCAAAUCCACUUCAGUCUCAGAGUUUACUCAAUCCACUGUACUCUCAGCCUUUUGGGCACUACAACACCCAACCAUUGAACAUGCAAAGCUCCCAACCUCAACAGCCUCAAGGCUCACAAAAUCAGAAACUCCAUUACAACGGUUAAGGACCACCAGUUUGUUGCUUAAUGGAUUAUGGGUUUGCAUCCAGCAACUUGGUUUGUGCUGUCAUGUGUGACUGUAUUUUGUGUAAGAUGGAGUAAGAGUGCUGAAAUUCAGGUCAGUUGGUGACAGCAUGAUGACUCUGAAUGAUUUGAUUCCGAGGGAUGAGGUGGAGGAAGGCUCUCUGAUAAAGAAAAGCAUGGGCAGCACAUCCGGUGCUGAGAAAGGUGAAACAACAGAUGUUAUCUGCUUGAGUUUGUGUGCUGUGCUAGAGAAGGUGACUGUUUAUUCAGGAGAGAACAUUACAUAGCAUGGAAUUAGUCGGAGGGUGCCGGUUGUUAUUACAGCCAUGCAUGUAAGCUGCUAGCACUAUCGUCCUGUACAGGUAUUCUGGCAAACAUCAGCAUAAUCCUUUCAGCUCUUCCUGACAUGUAAUUAAUACUCACUAGUAUGUAGACUACGAUGGAUGUGUUUGUUAAUAAUGCAGUAGAGCUACUGCUGUUAUAGACUCUUAGGUACCUAAGCUUGGGCUGUCAGCCUAAAAAUCAACUUAGUUUGAAUUUAAAUUAGUGAUGGAGUUUUUUUUCUGUGGGUGGUUGUUAUUUAAAGCACUUAAUGGUAUAGUCCAUGAAAGUAUUUAACGUGUUUACCUUGCGUUUAGCGCAGUUUUUCUGGCUGUAGCCAUCCCCUUUCUUA